AUGAAGUGCUGGUGGGGUCGUCACUCCGACUUGGGUCUGGAAGACAAGGCCAAAGAGAACUUUGAAGACCUCACGGGCCGCAUCCCUUUGCUGUUGAACGGGUGCGUGGCACGUGGAAAGAUUAACCUUUCACCACUCCAGAAAGUCGCGGACAAAGUCGUGAUAUUCAUCGACGAUGUCAAACUGAAAACGCUGAAUGAGGGUAAUGAUGUCCGAUGGACUAGGUAUUGCGAGUUCGUGAACGCUUUCUUUCUCGGCCUUCGCGUGCAGACUGUCAUUUUCCAGACACCCGACCUCGUCGACUAUCGUUUUUUCUUCGGACGCGAAGACGAAUGCGAAGACGAAGUCAAUGGCAGACGCACAUAUGUUACUGGCGGCUGUUCUUGCGGUGUGGUCCGCAAAGCAGUAGCAAAUACCCUCGUCCAAUAUCAACAAUAUUUCAUCAAUGCCAAGUUUCUGGAUGCAAUGUCGACAUUUUAUAACAACCCAUCGACGCUGGGGUUUUUCAUGGAGUACGCCGUUCUGUACUACUUGAAAAAAAGAGGAGAACGGCGCAAGAAGCAAAGAGAGCAGAGCAGAAAGCACCAAAAGAGGCAGAAAAAGAAGCAAAGGUACAGGAGCAAGCAACCAGAGGAACAGCGGCACAGCCCGGGAGACGGCGUGGGAAAGGACGAGGGAGGGCAUGAAAGGGAGCUGCAGAAUCGGUUACGGUUAGGUGACGGGAGGGAGAUCAAUCAGAUCUACAUAUUCCACGUCCUUGUUCAGCCAGGAUGUUAA